CAAACCAAACCAACCAAACCAACCAACCAACCACCUCAAACCUGCUGCUGCUAUGAUCUAUCCCACAACAACCUCUUCUGCCCCCUCUAAUUGCUCCCCGCAGCUGCCAUGCAGUUCUGACCUGUCUAUCCUCCCCUCAGUCAGAGCCAUUGCUGCAUCCCGUUACGCCUGUUGACCUCUCCCCCUCACCCUAGGUUCGUCUCGCCCUCGGAUCCGUCUUAUUCCGGUCACUCACGGCCAAGUCAACCUCCCCCUCAUCCAUCCAUCCCCUAAUUAUCUGCCAACCCCUGGUUCCUGAAGCUAAGAGAUAGAGAAUUCAUACAUUCGUCUGCACCGGAAAAAAGGCAGAGACACCAGACUCCCCCAGAAUAAGGGCAAAAAGCGCAAUUACACAGGAGCCCAUGUGGAUUAGCACGUCCAAGGAGGGAAAGGAACACCAUCUUUCGACCUCCCCUCACUGACGUCUUAUCCUCGUCAUUGCUACUGUGCACGGAGACCUUGGUGAAUAACCUCACAGGCUCCUAUUUUGGUGGUCCAUGCGGAGUCUAGGAAACUUGCUGAAGAAGAAGCGGACGAAGGACUCGCGCAACUCGAGGGACCUGGAUCUGCCCGCUUCACCAGUAGCGGAAUCGCCGUCUUCCCGCAAGAGUACUAGUAUCAGCACAAACAAUCCUGGCUCUCCAACAGCCAUUACUACUUCACCACAUCCUCCUCCUCUAAACCCCCUGGUCCAGCAUCCUGCGGCUUCCAGUCUUGAUUCCUCUCGGCCAUACCCCGCUUCCUCCACCCGCACCGAUAGUCUCAGUGCGCAGCCUGCCACUACAACCACCGCUCCCACAGCUACUACUACGACUACUGCCCCACGAGACGCAGCAGCAGAGGUAACCGCAGCGGCAGCGGCAGCCUCGUCGCUAGCACCAGCUGUUUCCUCUAGUCCUGUAAACACUUGCGCAACCUCCACCACUAGCAACAGCCAGCCUUCCCUACCCAUGAACCCCAUACCAUCUUCCACGCCCUUUUACUCUAAUAUCGCGAGCGAUCCCUCCCAAUUUAAGCAACAGCAGCAGCAGCAACCUCACCACUAUCAGAAUGUUGCCAGCAUCAAGAAUAUCAUAAACCCGCCCAAUCAAGACGAAGUGGAGUCAUCACAGCAGAGAGUUGGCGAUGGCCAACAUGUACCAUCACAGCAACAACCGCAACAACCGCAACAACCGCAACAGCACGAACAGCAGCAACAGUACGAACAUCAGCAACAACAAAAUGAACAGCAACGAUCUGUCCAGUCUACACGACAAACCAAGGGGAAGUACUCACUAGAUGAUUUUACGCUACAGCGGACGUUGGGCACCGGCAGCUUCGGGCGUGUGCACCUGGUUCAAUCGCGGCAUAACCAACGAUUCUAUGCGAUCAAGGUGCUCAAGAAGGCGCAGGUGGUGAAGAUGAAGCAGGUCGAACACACGAAUGAUGAGCGGAAAAUGUUGCAGCGGGUUAAGCAUCCGUUUCUUAUCACGCUAUGGGGCACGUUUCAGGACGCGAAGAAUCUCUAUAUGGUUAUGGAUUUUGUGGAGGGUGGGGAGUUGUUUAGUUUACUGAGGAAGUCACAGCGCUUCCCAAACCCCGUUGCAAAAUUCUAUGCUGCCGAAGUUACGCUGGCGUUGGAAUAUCUGCACGACCAUCACAUCGUAUACCGAGACUUGAAGCCGGAGAACCUACUUCUCGACAGACACGGCCAUUUGAAAAUAACGGAUUUUGGAUUCGCGAAGGAAGUUAGGGAUAUUACAUGGACAUUGUGUGGCACGCCUGAUUAUCUUGCACCGGAGGUGGUGUCGUCGAAGGGAUACAAUAUGUCUGUCGACUGGUGGUCCCUCGGCAUCCUAAUCUUCGAAAUGCUCUGCGGUUUCACUCCGUUUUGGGAUGGCGGCUCCCCUAUGAGAAUCUACGAAAACAUCCUCAAAUGCCGCGUCAAGUACCCGCCUUAUAUGCAUCCAGACGCCCAGGAUCUCCUCUCCCAGCUGAUUACGCCAGAUCUAACUGUGCGACUUGGAAACUUGCACGGGGGCUCGCAAGACGUGAAGAACCAUCCAUGGUUUGCAGAGGUGACGUGGGAUCGAUUGGCGAGGAAAGAUAUUGAUGCCCCGUACAUACCGCCUGUGAAAGGUGGGCAGGGCGAUGCGAGCCAGUUUGAUAGGUAUCCCGAGGAAACGGAGGCGUAUGGAGGUGGCGGCGAUGAUCCAUAUGGUCAUUAUUUCGUGGACUUUUAAGUUUUGCGGAGGAAUCGACUAACGAAGUAUGGAAACGGAACAGAAACGAAAAAAAAAGAGACGACAGAAAGGAAAGCAAAAAAGGAUAGAUCACCUCUGUUUAAGUGUCAAAAAUUACGCUGCCUAUCUACUCCUCUUAUAUUGGUUUGCUAUCUAUGCAACAGAAAAUAACGGGGAAAAGUGUCUUCUUUCUACAUACUAUCUUCUUCGCCACGUUCGUCCUCCAACUUCUUCUUCUUCUAAUUUAUUUGCAUUCUUAUCUGCAUUUGGAUGGGGUUUCCUCUUCUUAUUCUUCUUCAUCUUCAUCUUCAUCUUCAUCUUCA